AUGAGGUUCCCCUUUUCAGACCCGCGGGGUCCUGGGUAUCCUCCUACACAGCCAAGGUUUGCUCGCUUCACUCCCUUGGGACGAUGUGAUCGCCGGUUCGUGACAUCCAGUCUUGAGCUUCUUGCAGAGGCUAGGAAAGCAUUCCCAGACCGCAUUUUCCGUAUGGUGACAGAUUUGGGCGAAGUAACGUUUCUCCCUCACCAGUUGGCCGAGGAGAUCAAAAACGACCAAAGGUUCAGCUUUACGACUGCGUUCGAAAAGGAUUUCCAUGCUGGGAUCCCUGGUUUCGAGACUGCCGAGCUUGGCGGCCUUGAGAACGGGCUCCUACAGCUGAUUGCACGGAAGCAGCUGACGCGAAACUUGGGCAAGUCUCAUACCGUUCCAAGUGCAAUGGACUACCCAAAGGCCUUACCAUCAACUUCGAAUCACCCGGAGGUAAGAUCCGUGAACCGACGCAUUGAAUUCAAGCUGCUGACACAAGCUGCCCAAGUGUGGACUGAAGUCGUAGCCAGAGACCGAGUGCUCGAUAUUGUGGCCCGCGUGUCCUCCCGCAUCUACCUUGGCGAUGAGGUAUGCCGCAAUGCGCGAUGGUUAGCAAUCACUAAACUCUACACAACUCACUUCUUCACUGCGGCUACCAAAUUGCGCAUGUAUCCACGUAUCCUCCGUCAUCUGGUCCACUGGUUUAUACCUGAAUGCAAACUUCUCCGCUCGCAGUUCAACGACGCUCAGAAAAUUCUACAGCCCAUAAUAAACUAUCGCAGAGACCUACGCAGUGCCGCUCUAGCUACUGGUGAGCCAGUCCCUGAGUUUGGUGACGCUCUGGGCUGGGUUGAGCGAGAAGCCACCGCCAAGUCCGUCGACUGCAACCCCUCGAUUUUCCAACUCCUGCUAUCGACAGUGUCGAUCAAUACUACAGCCGAUCUUCUCGAACAAUGCAUGCUUUCCAUCGCCCAACAUCCGGGGAUUAUCAGCCCUCUCCGAGAGGAGGUCCGUGAUGUCCUGCGCCUCAGCGGUUUGUCCAAAUCCUCGCUGUCCGACAUGAAACUUUUAGACAGCGUCAUCAAAGAGUCUCAACGUUUAAAGCCAACUAGUAUCGCGGCCAUGCGACGACGUGUUGAAGAAGACGUCACGCUCUCGAAUGCAGUGACUCUGAAGAGAGGUACACGAGUCUACGUGGAAGCUUCUCGAAUGUGGGAUCCCAGCCUGCACCGUCACCCAGAGCAGUGGGAUGGAUAUCGUUUCCUGAAGUUGCGGUCCCUUCCAGGCAGAGAGAGGAUGGCCCAGCUGGCAAGCACCAGUCCAGACCAUCUCGCUUUUGGGCAUGGGGAACAUGCUUGCCCAGGGCGAUUCCUGGCAAUCAGCGUUAUGAAGAUAGUCCUCUGCCACUUGCUACUCAAGUAUGAUUGGAUGCUGUCACCAGGCACCGACGUCAAGCCGAUUACAAACGGUAUACUUGCCGUCGCAAGCCCUACGGCUAGGUUGCUUAUCCGACGGCGUAGAGGAACGGCGGUUCCCGGUAUGAUUGAAUAA